GACCGGAGAGCUGAGAGAGGACCCUCGCCGCGACAGCAAUCUCCGUUGAGCAGGGCAGUUUCUCUUGUUUGGCGGGCCGCGUCAGUUUCUCUGUCCCUUUCAAAAGGAAGAAGAAGAAGAAAACCGCUCUUCCGCCAGGCAUUAACAAGAAACAAUCAUGCCCCGUCUCAAGACUCUUGCCCUCGGCCUCGUGGCUAGGCUUGCCGCCCAGCUCAACCAAGCGCAGACAGCGUCCCCCCGGCCGACACCAACGACGCCGCCAGACUUCUCUGUGCCGCUCCCUACGCACGGGCCCAUGGCCGCCAACUGCAAGGUCUACUGGCAGGCCGGCCGCGCCGACACAUGCGUAGAGGCCGUCGCAGAAUAUCCCCUGAUCAACCAGGAGCAGUUCCUGUCGUGGAACCCGUCGCUCCAGGGCCACUGCAACGGCCUCUGGGCGGACACUUGGUACUGCGCCGUGGCCUUUGACUACGACGACCUCCCCAUGCCGGCGACCGUGGCGGCAAAGCCGACCCCUCUGCCCUCGGGCACCACGAGCCAGUGCCGCUCUUGGUUUCGAACCCGCGGCCCGGACACGUGUGCCCUGAUUGUCGCCAUGUUCGGCACCUUUUCCGAGGCCGACUUUAUCAGUUGGAACCCCUCUGUGCGCAGCGACUGCUCCGGCAUCGUGAGCGACGGCAUGUACUACUGCGUCGGCGUCCCGGGCACCCCGACGACGCGCAGCAGCGCCUUGUCCGUACCCACGCCCACGCCGCCGCCGACUGGAACCGCGGCGCCGGGGCCGACGCAGAAUGGAACGGCAGCGGACUGCUCCCGCUACUGGCUCGUUUCUGCCGCGGACACGUGCGAGUCCAUCGCCGAGAGGGCCGGCAUCGCCCAGGACAGUCUCAAGUACUCGAACCCAGCCCUAAAGGAUGACUGCAGCGGCCUGGAGCUCGACGUGUACGUGUGCGUCGAGCGUCCUGACUCUGCUGGAGGCGGCGACGGCAGUGGCCCAUCAUCUGUAGCAGUAACCUCAGCAAGCGGCACCACGCUGCCGCCCAUGCAGACCGGCAUGGUGCAAGGAUGCCGCAAGUUCUACUACGUGCAGUCAGGGGACGGGUGCUGGGCCAAUGCCAACGCCAACGGCAUUGAGCUGAGCAGCUUUUACACGUGGAACCCAGCUGUUCACAGUGGAGGCAAAUGUGCAGGCCUCUUGCCAGAUGUGUUUGUGUGUGUUGGAGUAUGAGCUUCAUGUGUCGCCUUGCCGGUUCGUGUGUACAAGAGUAGAGAGUGCGAUCUAUUGUCCGUCUGCGCUCAAGUUAGCCGCGGCCCCUCCCGUCCACUUGGCUAAGAACUAAAUGUCCCGAAUGGUGCCCAUAGUUCCCAGGUCUGCCCUGAUAAUCCCAGAACAGACCAGACUCCGUGCCCUGCUUGAUGUAAUAGAACAGCUCCUUGUCGCUGCCUGCUAUCGGGUACCGCAGCCAUCUCCACCCCUCGACAAGGUGGUGUUCCCGCGCCUCCCUGGCAAAGACCUUGAGGUCGACCAGGUCGUCGAAGACGGCGAUGGGCAGCUCCACCACAAAAGGCUGUUCCUGGGUCGACGCAAACGGGGCGAACCCUUCGGCCAAGGGUUCGAGUAGCAUGGCCUUGAGCUCGGGCAGUCGAGCUGCCGGGCGC